AUGUCAGGUUCCAACCCAACGUCUGCACGACCAUCCCCAACCUUGCCAACAGACACCAAAGAUACCAUCAUGGAUACCUCACCGCCUACCUUCAGAAAAGAGGACUUUAGCUUCAUGCGAGACUUCCACCAAAUCAUUGAACUCAUGCUGAAUGGGAACAACCAAGAAGAGAUUGGCAAGGCAGUGGCACAGAUGGACGAAAGGUUUGAACAUGCACGACGAACAUUGCAAGAGUUGCCUGGUCUUCAAUACGUCAAAGAGGAACAAGAAGCUAUCCUUGAACGCGAAACGGCAGUCUUGGAUACCAAAAAGCGUCAACUGAAAAAGUAUAUGGAGCUCUCGCCUUUCAAAUCAACAGCUGAGGAUGCUUAG